AUGCAUACAAUAGUGUUGAUGCUGAGUGCUCAUUUCCACAUCACGCGGCCGGCAAGAAGCGGUGGACAACUAGGCCCGGAGCUGGACCACGGAGCUUGUCGGAUUGGAAGUCCAAUUCGACCGCGGCAUACAGCCGACUGCGCAGGGGCUAAUUAG